AGGCUAGCGUCCACAGCGGGCCGGUGAUACAUCUUCCUCGGACGGUGAAAAGGGACCAAUUUACGUGUGAAUUGCCAUGACGACGGCCUCAGGGUCAGACUCAGGGCCUCCGAAGGAGCGUCAGGAGGAACCGAAGGAGGAGAAGAAGAAAGAGAAGAGGAGAGGAAAGAGAAGGGGUGGAGGAGAGCAGAGGAAAGAGCGGAAGAAAGAGGAGCAGACCGCUGCACAGACGUCAGCGGCAGCCAGCCCAGCCCCGUCUUGCUCCCAAACGCCUUCGACAUCACACAGGCCUCCCAGAGAGAGCUUUCCAGCAGAGGUUGUCGAGGACACCCCUUCCUCAUCAGCAGGCAGUAGAUUUGACACCCGUGGUUCCUCUGAGGACCAGCGCUCCCACAGAUCAUCCAGAAGCUUCCGUCUGUCCAGACCUCCCCACGGCAACCCCAACCAGCUCAGGAAGAUGCAGUGCCGAAUCUCGCUACUGGAUGGCUCCGACUACACCUGCACGGUGGAGAAGCGAGCCAAGGGCCAGGUGUUGUUUGACAAGGUGUGUGAACACCUGAACCUGCUGGAGAAGGACUACUUCGGCCUCUCCUACCGGGAUGUGGAGAACCAGAAGAACUGGCUGGAUCCUGCCAAAGAAAUGAAGAAACAGCUUAGCAAUGGGCAGUGGAACUUUGCCUUCAGUGUGAAGUUCUAUCCACCGGAUCCUGCUCAGCUGCAGGAGGACCUAACCAGGUUUUAUCUGUGUCUGCAGCUGCGUGACGACAUCGUGUCCGGCCGUCUGCCGUGCUCCUUUGCCACACACGCCGUGCUGGGCGCUUUCACGGCGCAGGCAGAACUCGGCGACUACGACCCAGACGAGCUGGGCAAGGACUACCUGAGCGAGCUGAGCCUCGCCCCCAGCCAGACCCGCGAGCUGCAGGACAAGGUCAUGGACCUGCACUGCAACCACAAGGGAAUGAGUCCCGCUGACGCAGAGAUGCUCUUCCUGGAGAACGCCAAGAAGCUGUCCAUGUACGGAGUAGAUCUGCACCAUGCUAAGGACUCUGAAGGUGUGGAGAUCAUGUUGGGCGUGUGUGCCAGUGGGCUGCUCAUCUACAGAGAUCGCCUGCGCAUCAACCGCUUUGCCUGGCCCAAGAUCCUCAAGAUCUCCUACAAAAGGAACAACUUCUACAUCAAGAUCCGCCCAGGGGAGUUAGAGCAGUUUGAGAGCACCAUUGGCUUCAAGCUGCCCAACCACCGCGCUGCUAAAAGGGUAUGGAAGACCUGCGUGGAGCACCACACCUUCUUCAGGCUGGUGUCUCCAGAGGCUCCGCCCAAGCGCUUCAUGUCUUUGGGUUCUAAGUUCCGCUACAGUGGGCGCACACAAGCCGAGUCCCGGAAAGCCAGCUCUCAGAUCCAAAGGCCCGCACCCUUUAUCCAGCGUUCCGCCAGCAAGAGAUACACCAUGUCCCGUAGCCUGGACGGGGCUCCAGUGACAGCCAAUCAUGACGGCUUGAUGAAAGAGCCCAAGGCUGCCUCAGACACGAAUGCCAAGCCUGCCACGAGCAGCCUCAUCACCCUGGAGACACCAGAGAAAGUUGUAGAGGAGGAGACCAGUGCCACUGAGGCAUCUGACCCUGCCCAACCUGCUCCUGUUGCCAAGUCCUCUCCCAUGCUCUUCUCCUCUGACCCGCUGCGUUCGGAGCUCUCCCUCCCGUCAUCGCCGGUCAUCUCCGCUCGCUCCUCCCCUUGCCCUUCCUCCCCAGCCUCCAAGCUCCGUCGCCGCCGGCGACAGCGCGACUCGUCCGCCCAGCGUCAGCGCGCCGCCUCGGCCAGCCCCGCCAAGUCCACGGCGUCGGCCAGCCACCUGCGACGGCAGGCGCGCGCCGAGCGCAAGGCGGCGCUUCUCGAGGAGCAGGCCCUCCUCCUCAACGCCCGCAAGCAGCGCCUGGCCGAGGGCGGGGCUGGCGCCGGCGGCGGCGCCAAGGGUCGCGGGGGCACCCUCUUCUCCUUCUCGCUGCACCUGCCGGACCUGUCGUCGUUGCUGGACGAGGACGGCUACCUGGCGUUCCCGGACCUGUCGGAGCUGAGCGUGCUGCCCGAGAGCAUGGCGCACUUCCUGCCCAUCCGCUCGCCCUCGCUCAUCCCCUGCUUCCUGUUCAUCUUCUUCUUCCUGCUGUCCACCUCCUUCUCGGUGCCCAUGGCGCUCACGCUCUCCUUCCCGCUGGCGCUCUGCCUCUGCUACCUGGAGCCCAAGGCCUCCUCGCUCACCGCCACGCUCGCGCAGGGCUUCCACGACAGCUCCGAUGAGGACGAGGACGAGACGGACAGCGAACAGACGAACUUCCCAUGUGACGGUGAAACGACGGCCUCAGAGUCAGAUCAGGAGGAAGAUGAGGCUUCCAGUCUGAAGACACAGGAGACUGACACACCUGAGGAGGUGCUGCGGCGACAGACCAACCUCAGCGAGCUCAAGCGCUCAUUUCUGGAAGUUUCCACGCUCAGUGCCGGCGAGACUGAGUGGGACCGCCGCAUGUCCUCCUCGCCUGUCACCACCCAUCGAUAUAGCAACGCUGUGCCCACCAUCAAGCCCUGUCUGUCCCUACAGGAACAUGAUCUCAACAAUGGCAGUAUACGGAAGAAGAAACCAAAGCCACACCUGACAACACACCUGAGGACCAGCAGCAAGAGACCCCAGCAGAGAGUGCAGAGGAGGGGAAGGCAGCAGCGGAGACUGAGGAGGAGGAGGAGGAGGAAAAAGAAAGAGGAGGAGGAGGAGAAGAGAGAGGAGGAGCCAGCCACCUCAGAGGUUCCAGUCGUCCACACAGAGACCAAGACAAUUACUUAUGAGUCGGCAGAGGGAGACACAGACACCGAUGCUGAGCCCGGUGUGCUGAUGAGCGCACAGACCAUCACCUCGGAAACGACCAGCACUACGAUGACCACACACAUCACAAAGACAGUAAAGGGCGGCAUCUCCGAGACCAGGAUCGAGAAGCGUAUCGUCAUCAGCGGAGACACCGACAUCGAUCACGACCAGGCUCUUGCUCAGGCCAUCAAAGAGGCGAAGGAGCAGCACCCGGACAUGUCGGUCACAAAGGUAGUGGUGCACAAGGAGACGGAGAUCUCCUCGUCCGAGGAGGUUGCCCACUGACCCCAGGAGGAUUAAGAUCUCAUCCCUCAGAUGGUGACGUCCAUUUGCCUCACACCCCCAUGAACCAGCGGACAAACCCCAAACACCAACCUACCCUUUGACCUCCAGUCCAGUGCCAUGGCAACGUAGCACUCCAAUGAACGUUGUGGAUAUGACAGCCAACCAAUCAUCUUUCUGACCAGCGGGCCAAUCACCAUUUAUCUGACUGGCUAGCCAGCCAGUCACAGCAGGUUCUUGGUUUUGCCCUUUCUGCUGAAUGGCCAAGGAUGAAAAAGCCAAUAACUGUAUGUGUAAACUCAUGCAUGCCAACUAAGCGUUUAGGCAUCUUAAUAUGCUGUCAAACAAAAACACUUAUCAACUGAAGCAGCUACAACAACCAUCCACAACCAAAGGGGGAAAGGCUGUUUACUCAACUGCCUUAUCAGAUCUGUGAUUUCUUUUCUUUUCUUGUUUUAAAUUGGAAAAUGUAUAAUUAUUGUUGUUGUCAUACCGUAUGCUCAGAGGAUGAUUGAUGUAAGGUAGCCUAUUUAUAAAGGAGCACUCGACAGUAGAGAUGAGUGUGUUUGUGUUGCCACAGACACCAAACAGUUCAUUGGCAUGCCAACAGAACGGUAUUGCUGCUGGAAGUGUGCUCUGUGCACUUGAGGGUUCUGGAGGUCCAAGUGGAAUCAAAGAGCCCUUCAGAAGAUAGAGAAGAAAUGGCUUGUACAUAUACCUUUAUAAAUGCAGGCCUAUAUCUCUAGCUUAAAAAAAAGAUGUUUCUUCUACAAUCAUGUUUUUUUUUUUUUUUUUUUUUUUUUUGUGAUCGACUUUUAUUUACUGUGUUUUGUUAUGCCAUUUCACCAGGUUCAUUUAUCAUGUAUGGGGCUAUGAAUUAAACAGACAACUAAUAUGCACAAGCGAAAUGCUUGAAAGGGCUGGCUUUGGCAAAAAUAUAUAUAUUUGCAGGUUCCCAUCCCUCUUCUUGAAUUGCCUCUGCUCAUGUUUAAGUCAUUCAAUCAGAGACAUUAAAGGGAUAAU